AUGCCUUCCCCGUCUCCCAACCCCCAGGAGAAUUAUGAGCUGUACCAGGUAGAGCUUGGUGCUGGUCCCAGUGGGGACAUGGCAGCCAAGAUGAGCAAGAAGAAGGCGGGCAGUGGAGUGGGCAAGAGGAAGGAGAAGCUGGAGAACAUGAAGAAGGAGAUGGAGAUUAACGACCACCAGCUGUCAGUGCCGGAGCUGGAGCAGAAAUACCGGACCAGUGCGACCAAGGGCCUGUCUGCCAGCCUGGCCGCCGAACUGCUGCUGCGGGACGGGCCCAACGCCCUGAGGCCGCCGCGGGGCACCCCCGAGUACGUCAAGUUCGCCCGGCAGCUGGCGGGCGGUCUGCAGUGCCUCAUGUGGGUGGCCGCUGCCAUCUGCCUCAUUGCCUUUGCCAUCCAGGCCAGCGAGGGCGACCUCACCACAGACGACAAUCUGUACCUGGCACUGGCCCUCAUUGCUGUGGUGGUGGUCACUGGCUGCUUCGGCUACUAUCAGGAGUUUAAGAGCACCAACAUCAUCGCCAGCUUCAAGAACCUUGUGCCCCAGCAAGCAACGGUGAUCCGAGAUGGGGACAAGUUCCAGAUCAACGCAGAUCAGCUGGUGGUGGGCGACCUGGUGGAGAUGAAAGGCGGGGAUCGAGUGCCAGCCGACAUCCGCAUCCUGCAGGCCCAGGGCUGCAAGGUGGACAACUCCUCGCUGACUGGAGAGUCUGAGCCGCAGACCCGCUCGCCCGAGUGCACGCACGAGAGCCCCCUGGAGACCCGCAACAUUGCGUUCUUCUCCACCAUGUGCCUUGAGGGCACCGCGCAGGGCCUGGUGGUGAGCACCGGUGACCGCACCAUCAUCGGGCGCAUCGCAUCACUGGCCUCGGGAGUAGAAAAUGAGAAGACACCCAUCGCUAUCGAAAUUGAACAUUUUGUGGACAUCAUCGCAGGCCUGGCCAUCCUCUUUGGUGCCACAUUUUUCAUAGUGGCCAUGUGCAUUGGCUACACCUUCCUGCGGGCCAUGGUCUUCUUCAUGGCCAUUGUGGUAGCCUAUGUGCCUGAGGGGCUGCUGGCCACUGUCACGGUCUGCCUGUCACUGACAGCCAAGCGGCUGGCCAGCAAGAACUGUGUAGUCAAGAACUUGGAAGCAGUGGAGACCCUGGGCUCCACGUCAGUGAUCUGCUCUGACAAGACAGGGACCCUCACUCAGAACCGCAUGACUGUGUCCCAUCUGUGGUUCGACAACCACAUCCACUCGGCUGACACUACAGAAGACCAGUCAGGGCAGACGUUUGACCAGUCCUCGGAGACGUGGCGGGCGUUGUGCCGCGUGCUCACCCUGUGUAACCGUGCUGCCUUCAAGUCGGGCCAGGACGCAGUGCCCGUGCCCAAGCGCAUCGUGAUCGGGGACGCGUCGGAGACUGCGCUGCUCAAAUUCUCGGAGCUGACGCUGGGCAAUGCCAUGGGCUACCGCGAGCGCUUCCCUAAAGUCUGCGAGAUCCCCUUCAACUCCACCAACAAGUUCCAGUUGUCCAUCCACACCCUGGAGGACCCGCGCGACCCGAGGCACGUACUUGUAAUGAAGGGGGCCCCAGAGCGCGUGCUGGAGCGCUGUAGCUCCAUCCUCAUCAAGGGCCAGGAGCUGCCGCUGGAUGAGCAAUGGCGCGAGGCCUUCCAGACUGCCUACCUCAGCCUGGGAGGCCUGGGAGAACGCGUCCUGGGCUUCUGCCAGCUCUACCUGAGUGAGAAGGACUACCCGCAUGGCUAUGCCUUCGACGUGGAGGACAUGAACUUUCCAACCAGUGGCCUGUGCUUUGCGGGACUCGUAUCCAUGAUAGACCCACCCCGGGCCACCGUUCCUGAUGCUGUGCUCAAGUGCCGCACAGCAGGCAUCCGGGUGAUCAUGGUGACAGGUGACCACCCCAUCACAGCCAAGGCCAUUGCAGCCAGUGUGGGCAUCAUCUCGGAAGGCAGUGAGACAGUGGAGGACAUCGCUUCCCGCCUCCGUGUGCCCGUGGACCAGGUUAACCGGAAGGAUGCCCGCGCCUGUGUGAUCAAUGGCAUGCAGCUGAAGGACAUGGACCCAUCAGAGCUGGUCGAGGCACUGCGUACCCACCCUGAGAUGGUGUUUGCUCGUACCAGCCCCCAGCAGAAGCUUGUGAUUGUGGAGAGCUGCCAGCGACUGGGUGCAAUCGUGGCUGUGACAGGGGAUGGUGUGAAUGACUCCCCAGCCCUGAAGAAGGCAGACAUUGGUGUGGCCAUGGGCAUUGCUGGCUCGGAUGCUGCUAAAAAUGCAGCCGACAUGAUCCUGCUGGAUGACAACUUUGCCUCCAUUGUGACAGGCGUGGAGCAGGGCCGACUGAUCUUUGACAACCUGAAAAAGUCCAUCGCCUACACACUGACCAAGAACAUCCCUGAACUGACGCCGUACCUUAUUUACAUCACCGUCAGCGUGCCUCUGCCCCUCGGGUGCAUCACCAUCCUCUUCAUAGAACUCUGUACCGACAUCGUGAGUCUACACGAUGCCCCAGUGCCCCCCACCCACACAGUGCCCAGAGACAUGCCCACAGACAGGUGUGAUGGACGGAAAGUCUUGGACUCAGAGUGA